AUGAAGGGGACCUGGAAAAUGGAACAACUUGCAAAAGCUUACAUCAAAAAUGUGGUGAGGUUACAUGGAGUUCCAAAAGAUAUUGUGUCGGAUAGAGAUUCUAAGUUUCUUUCAAGCUACCAUGCAAGCAUUGGCAUGACUCCAUUUAAGGCAUUAUAUGGAAGGAAGUGUCGCAGUCCAAUCUGUUGGAACGACAUAAGUGAAACAAUGAUUUUAGGGCCUCAAAUGAUUGAGGAUACAGUUAAGAAGGUGAGGGAGAUUGAAGCUAAGAUCCAAGCGGCGCAAGAUCGCCAAAAGAGCUAUGCGGAUUUGAAGCGUAGAGAGGAGGAAUUUGAGCUAAGAAGGUAUAUCCCAGAUAAAUCACAUGUGCUACAACCUGAAGCUAUUAAGUUAGAUCAAAGCUUAACUUAUGAGGAAAGACCUGUCAAGAUCCUUGAUAGUAAAGUGCAUAGUACACGCAAUAAGAAAGUUAAGAUUGUUAAAGUGUUAUGGUCUAACCAAAAGUAUGAGGAAGCAUCUUGGGAAGCUGGGGAUGAGAUGAGAAAGAAAUACCCUAAGUUGUUUAAGGUAUGGUGA